AUGACCGGAUUGGUAAAUGAGACGCUGGCAGACUGUGGUGUACCUUAUACUCACCUCUUCGCAAUGUCGCCAUUUCGAAGACGGAAACGAGUUCGUGGUUCGGCUCAACGUAAUAAAGGCAUUGAGUGGAUUCGCAAUCACCCAGUACCAGCGAAUGAGAAGGCCAUAGUCUUCUUCGCCGAUGAUGACAAUACCUAUGACCCUAGGAUUUUCAAGGAGGCAACCCACAAACCCACACUCUUGUCGUUUGUCUUUUCGGACACUUCCCCCUCCUCUCUCUCUCCCGUAUCUUCCGUUGACCGCACUGCUCAUUGUGUUCUACCUUUUGGAACUACCGCUGGUUGCUAUUUUAUGCAGAUGCUCACGACAGAACUGGGUUCAACUUGGCCAGUGGGCUUGGUUGGUGGAAGUAAGUGGGAAGGCUGUAUCACCGAUCCCAAAGAUCGAACAAAAAUAAUCGAUUUUUGGUGUAUUUUCCGACCGUGGCGACAAUUCCCUUUCGACAUGGCAGCCUUUGCUGUUAACGCACGACUUUUUACUCUCUUUCCGUCUGCCCAGUUUGACUAUUUCCGAGCACUUGAGCAAGAAGGUGUCAUUCUAUCUCAAUUAGGCUUUCGAAGUGGCUAUGACUUGGAGCCUAAAGUCAAUGGUUGUUCAAAGAUACUGGUGUGGCAUACCAAGACCAAGACGCCACCAUUCUUUCCCUAUCUCGGAUUCCAACCUCCACCCCCAAGUUACCUGUAA